CCGGCAAGGUCACCAUGGCAACGCGAGGCCCGUCGGCCGCGGCCUACUCGGCGGCGCCCGAUGGAGAAAUACGAGCGGAUCCGGGUGGUCGGGCGGGGGGCGUUCGGGAUCGUCCACCUGUGCCUGCGCCGGCUGGACCAGAAGCUGGUCAUCCUGAAGCAGAUCCCGGUGGAGCAGAUGACCAAGGACGAGCGCCUGGCGGCCCAGAACGAGUGCCAGGUGCUGAAGCUGCUGCAUCACCCGCACAUCAUUGAGUACUACGAGAACUUCCUGGAGGACAAGGCCCUGAUGAUCGCCAUGGAGUACGCGCCGGGUGGGACCUUGGCUGAAUUCAUCCACAAGCGGGGCAACUCCCUCCUGGACGAGGAGACCAUCCUGCACUUCUUUGCGCAGAUCCUGCUGGCCCUUCACCACGUCCACGCCAAACAGAUUCUGCACCGGGACCUCAAGACCCAGAACAUCCUCCUGGACAAGCACCACACCAUGGUCAAGAUCGGUGACUUCGGCAUCUCCAAGAUCCUCAGCAGCAAGAGCAAAGCCUACACCGUGGUGGGCACCCCGUGCUACAUCUCCCCGGAGCUGUGCGAAGGCAAGCCCUACAACCAGAAGAGCGACAUCUGGGCCCUGGGCUGCGUCCUGUAUGAGCUGGCCAGCUUGAAGAGAGCCUUUGAGGCCGCCAACCUGCCCGCUCUGGUUCUGAAGAUCAUGAGCGGCACCUUUGCCCCCAUCUCGGACCGCUACAGCCCUGAGCUGCGCCAGUUGAUCCUCAGCCUGCUCAACCUGGACCCCUCCAAGCGGCCGCCGCUGAACGAGAUCAUGGCCGAGGCCCUCUGCGUCCGGCCCCUGCUGGACCUUUACACCGACGUGGGCAGCGUCCGGAUGAGGAGAAGGUCGCAAAAGGGGAUCCCGUGCCGCCGCCACCGUCGUAACUGCGAGUCAGCUGCCCAGCGUCUGAAUUUGGAUCACGUGACCACGCGGGGAGGCUGCAACGGUCAUAAAGCGUGGAAAAGGGUCACAAGUCGCUUUUUCCGGUGGCGUUGUAACUUCACACGGUCACUGAAUGGACUGCCCGUACUAAUGGAAGCGAUUCACUUAAGGACGGUGGCAGGAAAGGUCGUAACACUGGGAAAAACUCACUUGGCCACGUUGAGGCUGAAAUUGUGGCCCGUCUCCUGUGCUCUCGGCAGGCCCGAGAAGUCGUGGAGAGCAGCACCGGCCGUGGCCCAGAGCAGGACCGGGGGUGCAGCUGUCACGGCCAGAGCGAGGGGUGGCCGCGCCGGGACCCCCAGGCCCGGCCUCCCCCCGGCCUUGUCCUCCAUCUACACCUGGGGCUCCGGCAUCGCCACCCCCCUCCGCCUGCCCAUGCUGAACACCGAGGUGGUGCAGGUGUCCACGGGCCGCACGCAGAGGGCCGGCGUGACCAAAUCCGGGCGGCUGGUCCUGUGGGAGCCGCCCCCCUUUGGCACGGCCGGGGGGCCCUCCCUCCCGGGGGCCACGGAGCAGCUGCAGCCCCAGUUCGUGUGCCGCUUCCUGGAGGGCCAGUCCGGGGUGACCAUCAAGCACGUUGCCUGCGGGGAUCUCUUCACUGCCUGUUUGACAGACAGAGGGAUUGUCCUGACCUUCGGCAGCGGCAGCAGUGGCUGCUUAGGACACGGAUCGUUUGUGGACAUCAGCCAGCCCAAGAUCGUGGAGGCCCUGCUGGGAUACGAGAUCACGCAAGCCGCCUGUGGCGCGUCCCACGUCCUGGCCCUCUCCAGCGAAGGGGAAGUCUUCACCUGGGGCAGGGGCGACAACGGGCGCCUGGGGCUGGGGACCCUGGAGUCCCACAGCUCCCCACAGCUGGUGCCCCUCCCCUCUGGCUACGACGCCCAGGAGGUCCUGUGUGGCAUGGAUGCGUCCAUGAUCCUCACCUCCAAGAAUCAGAUCCUGGCCUGUGGCAGCAACAGGUAUAACAAGCUGGGCCAGGACAGGACGCUGCCCCAUGGGGAGCCCCCCACCGCUGCCGAGCAGGUGGAGGAAGUGCUGGUCUUCAGCCCCGCCUGCUCGGCCCCCCUGAGCGAGGAGACCAUCGUGGGCGCGGACAUCGGCACCUCCCACUCAGCAGCCAUCACCGCCUCCGGCCAGUGCUACACCCUGGGCAGCAACCAGCACGGCCAGCUGGGCCCCAUCUCCUGCCGGGCCAGCCGGGCCCCCUACCUGGUGGAGGGGCUGCUGGGCACCAGAGUCACCCGGGUGGGCUGUGGGGAUGCCUUCACCCUGGCAGUGGGAGCAGAUGGCGAGGUCUACACCUGGGGCAAGAGCGCCCGGGGGCGUCUGGGCAGGAAGGAGAAGGAGGCGAGGAGCCCCCGGCCCGUGCAGCUGGAAGAGGGCCCCCCCAGCCUGGUGGUCUCGGUCUCCUGUUGCCAUGGCACCACCCUGCUCACUCUCAAGCCCGGGGUGGAAGAAUCCAGCCCGCAGUGAACGGAGGGAGAUGGAGAGAACAGCAGCAGCAGCAGAAAGGACCCCCAUGGGGUGGGGCUUCCCCUUUCAGGGAAUCCUGACCCCCCCCACACACACACACCUCAUCUGGGAGGCUGAAGCUGACCCAUGAACUGGGAGGAAGAGGGUGCCCAGCGCUGGCUGAUGCAAGAUUGCCCCCCCCUCUCUGCAGCUUCCUGGGGUGAGAACAGCCUCCAUGCCCCCCUCCCAAGGCAGAGCAGCCUCUCCUGGGGCAGGCAGGGCUCUUCCCUGGGGGGGGGUCAGGGAAGCCGUGGGGCCAGGCCCUGCUGGCUCGUCUUCCUGCG